AUGUGGUUAAAAGCAUACCUGGAUUUCAGCGAAGAAAGACCAUGGUGGGCGUUCAUCGCCGACGACAUCUUGGCGGAAAAUGUAGCAACUGUAUGCACGCCGCAGGAUGCAGAGCUAAGAAUUAACCCGUUCCUCCAGCACUGGAAGCCGAUCAAAACCGGGCUCCCGCCCGAACUGAGAGCCAUCAUCGAAGUGGCGCGAACGAACGGUCUACGGCUGGAGGGGCGAGCUUUCUCAAGAGAAAUUAUACGAGCCAUGCCAAUGUGGGAUCACUCCGAGGCCGACAAAACGAAAAUUCGCCGACUUGGCAGCAGGUCAGCGGCGACUGCGUGCCUCAAAGACACCCACGGAGCGAGAACGGUGGGGGAUUUUGAACGGAUCGCGGCGGAAAUGGGCGACCCGAGCCACGAGCAGUCGAGGCAAUGCGAGUGUGAUAGAUGCACGUACCUCAAAUUGGAAACGGGAUGUAGAUCCCCGCAGGAAUGCUUUGAGCGGGCACGAGCUUUCCUAGAUACCCUCCCACAGAAGUGGGAUCCAAGGGGGGAACAUCCCUGCGACUAUGAAGAUGAGGGUAUGAAAAAUGUCGAAAAUAUCUUUGAAACAGAGGAGUACUCACCGGUUAUCUUCGAUCGACGAGUAACGACAACUGGAAGCCUGGGAAAUGCUUUCCGCAUAUUUACGGGGCCCCAGGACACAUGCAAUACCUUGCCUGAUGUGACGAUUAUGGAGAACGACAUGGUGCAGGAGGUUGCGACCGAUGGGGCAUGUGAAAGAAACGGGGAAAGGAAUGCCUCCGCUGGAGCAGGGGUAUUCUUCGCACAAGGAGACAACAGAAACCGGGCAUUCCGAAUACCGAAAAACAUUGAACAGUCAAACCAAACUGGGGAGGCAGUGGCCGCCCUACAAGCGGGAAAGAUGGCGGACCCCACCAGACCACUA